GACAUAGUUUGGAUGUUUCAGUUUUAGUGUGUCAUAUGUGGCACCAAAGCCUAGAGAUCCUCAAAACAAUCCACAAAUCUUGAUCGUUCAAUGAACUCCCAAUGGUUCUCAGACAGUUACACGUGCAGCCUAUAGUUCCUUUUCUCAUUUAAUUUGAUUUAUUUUCUUUCGCAUGCAUGGAAUUCUCCUCCAACUACUACACCCAACACAAGAUAAACCAUAAAACCAAAGAGCAAAAUCACAGUGUAGAUUGAUUAGCUCUCAUAUUACUAUGAAUAACUAUGGUGGAAGCCACUGCUAGUGACAACUACCAUCGAAUUUGAUCCCUUUUUAUUUUUAUUUGUGACUACAUAUACCCAUUAAAUUUUGAGCAUUCUAUAGGGAAACGGAAAUUAAGGGGUCUCUCCCCUUUUUGUGGGUUGGAUCUUGUACUUAUGGAACUGUCACAUCUGACCAUUUUGAUUCUCUUCUGAUAAUCAUCAUCACCACCUGGUUAAAAAGCAAGCAACUUGAUUUGAGGUUUGCGACAUAGUUUGUUGGGUAUAUCUGGUUUCUGCGUCAGAUUCACGUCACGUCAGUCCAUGGAGGAGAGGAAGUAUGUUUGCAAGUAUUGCAGCAAGAGGUUUCCUUGUGGGAAGUCUCUGGGGGGUCACAUCAGGACCCAUAUGACUGAGGAAAGAAGUAAUGCUGAUGCUGACAUCUUCAUCAAGUCGGAUGGUGUCAAGAAGAAGAGAGAUUUAUGGUGCGAAGAUGUUGUCGGGAACCCCAUUUAUGGCCUCAGAGAGAACCCCAAGAAAACAAUGAGGUUUGUGCAUUCCGGCGCUCGUCGUGGUUGUGGUAGUGGUGUUGCCGGUGCCAACAAUGAAAAGGAGAAGUUCUGCAAAGAAUGCGGGAAAGGUUUCCCAUCGCUGAAGGCUCUAUGUGGUCACAUGGCUAGUCACUCCGAUAAAGAGAAGAGAACCAUCAAGUUUGAAGACAGUGACAAGAAACUGAAAUUGGUUAUGGACAGUCAAUCUGACACCGAGACCUGUCCUCCAUCUCAUCCAAGGAGAUCCAAGAGAAUGAGGGUCAAGACCAUUAACCUUUCCAAUCACCCUUUUCCUUCCUCUUCUCCUUCUUCUUAUUCUGUUCCGUUGCCCAAUGGCUCUUCACCCGUUUCAGAGGUAGAGCAGGAGCAAGAAGAGGUUGCUAGGUGCUUGAUGAUGCUGUCCAGAGAUUCUAGUUUCAAGGGUCGUUUUGCUUCGGUUACCGAAUGUUCUGAUAACAACUCAGUUGUUCUAGAAGCAAAAUCAUCCUCUCCUGAUAUUCGGAUUGGUGUCAGCAAUGGUAAUUAUAACUUUGUCUCUAAUAAUGCUUAUGAUCUUGUUGACAACAAGUUGCUUAGGGUUAAUGAUAUCAAGUUAAAGUCUGUUGAGUUUGGUGCUUCUGAUAAUUCAGGUUCUAGAUAUUUCAAACACGGUCCCAAAACCAAAAUGGUUGACUCAGAUGUCUCCAAUGAUCAAUUUAAGUGGCCCAAAGUGGGAGAUAAGUCAAGCAAAUACACUGCAACUUUGGUGAAGAAGUCAGUGAUGGAGGAGUUGGAUUAUGAUGGAACAGAUGGAACUGCAAGGAAGUUUGAUUCCAGAAAGAGAAGCAACUAUGAUUCUCUUGAUAACAAUCCAGUUGGUGGUUCUAGCAAGAAGAUAGCAAAUGGUUUUGGUAAUGAAGUAUAUGGGAAUAGCACAAAAGGUUGGAAAUACGAGUCUUUGGAGGGUGAAAGGGACUAUGAUUCUUUUGAUUAUUCCAUUGAGGAGAGCCAUGAAAACAGUUCAGAGACAGAAUCUUAUCCUGCUCCCAGGUCUCAUAACAGUAAGGCCCUCAAUGGGAAGAAGUCCACCAGCAAGGCCAAGAAGAAGUUGAAGUCUAAGAAAAGCAGGGAUCAUGAGUGUCCAAUCUGCUACAAAAUUUUCAGGUCAGGCCAAGCCUUGGGAGGACACAAAAGAUCUCAUUUCAUUGGUGGUUCUGAAGAAAACACUCUGGUGAUCAAACAAGCUGCUCCUGUUGUUCCAUGCCUGAUUGAUCUAAAUCUACCUGCUCCUGUUGACGAAUAAGGAAAUGGGCAUCCUGGGAUUUGCAUCAUUUUGAAGCAUCUGCGGUUGAGGUACUUGAAUGAAUGUCUCGAAUUCUUAGAAUGUUUUGUCUUUAUCCCAAUGAUGAAAGCGAAUGCAUUGUACAGCCAUGUGGAUAAAGGAUUUUUGUUCUUAACGCUUUUACUUGCUCUGUUUGGUAGGAGGUAGCUGUUGUCUUUCAAGUUAAUGUCACAUGACAAUUUGGUAGUAUCUCCAUUGAAAUAUUUGACUCUUCCUAUAACCAACAGUAGUCUUAGAAUUUCAUUCCUUUGAUGCGAAUAACAAUUUCACCCUUCCACAGAUUCAAUUAAUAAUA